CCGCGGCUCGCCAACCAGUCGCGCGCCCAACCGGCGUUCAACCGCAACCUGCUUGGCGCUCGGCUAGCCCCGCGCCCGGGAGCCACCGCACGCCCCUUUCCCCGCUCGGAAGUGUCGGGACCCGUUUUAGCAACAUAAUGGAAGGAGACCGUCCACAGCAGGGGGUGUCCUUUAAAAAUAUUGAAAGGGAACUCAUCUGUCCAACAUGUAAGGAGUUGUUUACCAACCCGUUAAUUCUUCCAUGUCAGCAUAAUGUGUGCCAUAAGUGUGUUAAAGAACUUCUGUUCUUGUCGACUGAGGACUCAUUUACCGAUGUGACUUCGGAAAAUUCAAAUCCAGGCAGCCCACGUCUUCGUCUGCCCUCUCCAAGUUUGGAUAAAAUCGACAGAGCUGCUAAAGCAGGCUGGAAACGCAAUUCAGGCACCCCUAAGGCAACUGUCCUUCCUUGCCCUGCCUGUCAGCAUGAUGUUGACUUGGGAGAACGUGGGAUCAAUGGCCUGUUUCGUAAUUUCACCUUGGAAAACAUUGUGGAAAGACAUAGACAAGCAGCUAGAGCUGCUAAAGCUAUUAUGUGUGACCAUUGUAAAUCUUCACCUCAAGAAUACACCAAAAAUUGCAUAGACUGCAAUGCUAAUUUCUGCAAUGAGUGCUUCAAACUGAAUCAUCCAUGGGGCACCGUGAAAGCUCAACAUGAGUAUGUGGGCUCAACCACCAGCUCAAGACCGAAGGUCAUCAUGUGCCCUGAACAUGAAGCAGAAAAAGUGAACAUGUAUUGUGAACUAUGUAAACGCCCCGUUUGCCAUCUCUGCAAGCUGGGAGGAAGUCAUGCAAACCAUCAAGUCACCAACAUGGCCGUUGCCUACAAAACUUUAAAGGAGAAGCUUACCAAGGAUGUUGAUUUUCUCAUAAGUAAGGAGAGCCAGGUGAAGGAGCAAAUUUCGGAACUACACUCAGUAAUAAAAGAAAUGGAGUGCAAUGGCGAAAAAGCUAAGGAAGAAGCGGCUACCCAUUUCGAUAAGCUUAAUGGUGUUUUGGAGGAGAGAAAAUUGUCAGUUUUCAAGGCCAUUGAUAUUUCAAAGAAGUUGAGACUGGAAAAGCUACAUAUCCAAUUGGAGGAAUACCAAGGACUUCUAGAGAAUAAUGGACUCGUGGGAUAUGCACAAGAAGUGCUUAAAGAAACAGAUCAGUCUUGCUUUGUUCAAACAGCAAAGCAGCUCCAUGUCAGAAUUCAAAAUGCGACUGAAUCUCUAAGGAAUUUUAAGCCAGCAGCUCAAGCAUCUUUUGACGAUUUUGUUGUUGAUUCAACUAAGCAGCAAGAACUUCUUGAAGAAUUGACCUUUGUCUCUGAUGGAAUUGAAGUACCGGAGAUCAAUGAAGAACUAAGCAGAACCUACAACAGAACUUUUAUCACUUGGCAUAAUCAGGAGAAGAAUAUUUCUGCUGAUGGUUAUAUUCUUGAAUACCGGAAGAUUGAUAAAACAGAUGAUUCCGUGGUCUGGAUUGAGUCUGGGGUUUAUGGAACCACCAAGGUUAUUUCUGACCUCGAAAAUAACAGCAGCUACUCGUUCAGAGUUAGAGGCUACAAAGGCGCUAGCUGUAGUCCUUGCAGUAAAGAAGUGAUUUUGACUACUCCGCCGGCUUCAGUUUUUAGCUUUCUUUUUGAUGAAAAUUGUGGCUACAACAGCGAACGCCUCAUUCUGAAUUCCAAAAAGGACCGUGUUGAUAGCCGAGCAGGAUUUUCACUUUUGCUUACUGGUGAUCGUAUUCAUGUUGGGUGUUACACAAGUUUGGAUUACAUUAUUGGAGACACUGGAAUCACCGAAGGGAAGCACUUCUGGGCUUUUCGUGUCGAGCCCUACUCUUACAUGGUAAAGGUAGGAGUUGUUGCGGAUUCGAAGCUGCAAGAGUGGGUUCAGAGUCCACGUGAACUUUUUUUUAGCCCAAGAUAUGAGCAAGAUAGUGGCCACGACAGUGGAAAUGAAGAAACCUCCUAUGUUGCUGCUCAGCCUUUCACUUUAAUUACCGUGGGCAUGAAGAAAAUUUUCAUUCCGAAGUCAUCCACCAUCCCCGUGGGUGCUGAAAAUCGGAUCCUUCCGAUGCCGACAUGCUUGGGAAUUUUCCUCGACUAUGACGAAGGCAAAGUUGGGUUCUACGAUGCGGAUCGCAUGAAGUGCCUGUAUGAGCGUCAGGUUGAGUGCACCGGGACCAUGUAUCCGGCAUUUGCGUUGAUGGGUAGUGGGGGGAUUCAACUCGAGGAGCAAGUCACAGGAGGUUAUGUGGAACACGUCGUUGAUGUGUAAUCCAAACACUGUUGAGGCUCUUAGAGAAAAAGUAAACGCAAGAAAAACAAUGCCUUACAUGUGCAAGCAUAAUUACAUCAGUGCUUUGAAGUGC